AUGCUUCAAUUUGUUAUUAUAAGUCUGUUUAAAUACUAUACUUUGUGCAGCAUAUCAAAUCAUAGCAUUGAAAUUGCCACUGUUGAUGCUUUACGCCCUUUAGCUACUGUUGAAACAAAUAUUAAAAACACAACCGCUUAUAACGAAAAAAAGAAAAUUAUUAAAAUGUGGGUAUCUUCUGUCAUUAAGAACGAAAAAAAACUAAACGAACAAUACAAAACUCGAAAAAAUAGAGAACUGUCGAAAAAGUUUUAUUUAGACAGCUGUGAAGAAUUGGGAAUUACUGAAGAAGACUCUAAAAUGAUAAGUUUUUUUCUUUCGCAAUAA